AUGGCCAACGACAUCUCUACCUGGUUGGCCCGAAGCGGCACGCGCCCGGAUGUCCGAUUCGGUCAUGCGCAAUACCAUCCUCAUACUCUCGAGAAUGCCGCCGUGUGGAAAUAUCUCCUGUCAAGCGUCGCCUACACGAAACCGGCCGUCGUCGUUGCCUCAUCAUGCGAGCUCAUAGCCAUAAAUUCCGCCGCCGAAGAUCUGGAUUCGCAAGAACGUCUCAUGGCUUUCACCUACCAACAAUUCCUGGAUUUCCUCGAGGAGGGGCGUCGUGAUGGCGUUGGAUGGGAUUCGCAGACGUGGUUCGAGGCCUGGCAGUCAGAUCACUUGACUGUGAUAGUGGCUGUUGAGCCCCAUAUGCCAGUCGAUUGCGCCCUUGCGUUGACCAUGGUGACGCACUGGGCAAAUACUAGGCCUUCCACCCUUGGAACGCGUAUCCUCACGGUCUCGACUGAGGAAUACUACCCCGAGGUGGUUGCGCUCCUGGAGUCCCGAGCCAUACCCGAGCCCCAACGGUUCCUCGUCCCAGGUCUACCGCAGGCCCAAGGAAAGGAAAUGGUGCAGGUCGUGUCUGGUAACGAGUCUGACCUUGCCGAGAGGGUCAAUUCGAAGAUUAUGCGCAACAACGGCCAGCAAAUCAUCAUCUACUUUCACCCAACGGGAGCCCUGCUCGAAUUAUUACGCGAUUUGAAGGAAAAAGGCUGGCUCGCUGCCACAGUUGAUCCUUUGGCGCUCCCCGAUCAAAUCUCUCGAGUAAUGACAGCCGGUACCCUGCCCAGUCGUGCCUUGCGUGAGGUGGAGGAGUUCCGUUCGCCGUUUCACCUUGUUGGCUUUGACCACAUACAUGUUGUCUUGAGCUCCGCCAGCUCAAAGAAAGUUUUUGACUCGAAUACUCGUCAGAUAACCCAGGCCAUGUUGUCUUUGAGCAAGCAGGAGAAGCAAGAGCAGUUAGCAUGGGCCUAUCGCUGGCAGGGAACCCCCUCAACAGUCUCGGUGUACAUCGACCAUCCGACCCUCCACGAGUUCCUGGAUGCUGUGCAUCCCCAUCGGCCCCUGCGUGUCAACAAUGAGCAACUGUCCGGCUUUGUCUCGGCCCUGGCCUCGCUCGACGACUGGGGAAUCGACCCGCCUCGAGCGGCACGGUGCUUUGUGCCAGCCGCAGAGCGAGACGUGUUGAUGACCACGGUGGAACGUCUCACCAACCAAUCGCUCUUAAAGACUCAUGAAACAGGCCGCCUAGGAUUGCGGCUACGCGACAAAGAGGUUGGCGUCUUCAAGGAUGCCCUGCCGAUUCUGGGCUAUGACCACCGGCUUGCCUACUUUCUAGCCCAGCGCACCGAUAGUCAAAUGGUUCUUCAGACAAAGAAACAACUCGCCUCUUUACUUGCUAUCGGAAUUACUAAUCUAUUUCAUUUAAUCCGAACCCGACAACAAGGUAUUAUGUGGAUGGCGCUUGGGUUGUGGAAGCGGGCUAUUCUGAUACCUGAGUAUUCACUCACUAAUCACCUAGACAUAGUAGUGCCUGGCACUACGAUUUCCGUCGAUCGAUCCAAGUCGUGCUACAUCAUGGAGACCUCAAACAAGCUCGAUCAUGUCUUGUGCAGACUGGGCUUCGGUCUAGCCCCUACUAUUCUCGAGAAUGAAGUCGGAGAGCUGAGCGAAGUCGAGCGCCUUGAAUUGCAAAGGCAUUUGUUCUACGCCUUUCACGGUCAACUCGUUGCCGGUGUCCCUACACAAGGCAUACUUCGCUGGCAGGAUGUGUCGGGGAAAGGAGUCGUUCAUGGGUUCGAAAGAUGGGCUCACUCGUUUUUAGAUCCUAACGAAUUCCGCGGUGUCAAUCGUCAAAGCACAGAUUUUGUCUAG